GCAAGUCUCCCCAAAGAAAUAGUGUUAGAGAGAGAGAGAGAGGGAGAGAGGGAGAGAAAUAGAACGCUCCUCUCUCUCUUCUAGUCCAUGGGACUAGUGUCUUCUUGAGUUGGGUGUGAGUGUGAGAGAGAAGCGAUUGCAAAGGAGGAGGAGAAGAAGAAGAGCGAGUUCUCUUUCUCUCCCAUAUUUUCUCUCAAUACUACCAACCCCACCCACAGUGUACACGGUAAAAAUGUAUGGGGAUUGCCAAGUGAUGUCGUCGAUGGUGGGAGGAGGCGGGGGAGGGAACGUGGUGUCCCCCGACUCCCUCUUCUCCUCGCCGAUCCGAAACCCUAGCUUGGGUUUUAUGACCAAUAUGCCCUUCCACGCCUUCUCCGCUGCUCUAGUACCUAAGGAGGAGGGGGUGAUGGUGAUGGGGAGGGGCGGAGCGGCGAAGGAGGAGGAGGUCGAGAGCGGCGGCUCCGGUAGCGGACACUUGGACGGCCUCGGAUCCGGCAGCGGACACGUGGACGGCCUCAGUUGCGGGGAGGAGCACGAUAACGAACACCAGAAGCUGCAGCAGCAGCACCAGCAGCAGCAGCAGCAAACGCCGUCGGGGAGUGCGAAGAAGAAGCGUUACCACCGCCACACCGCGCACCAGAUUCAAGAAAUGGAAACGUUGUUUAAGGAAUGUCCGCACCCGGACGACAAGCAGCGGCUGAAGCUGAGCCAGGAACUCGGCCUGAAACCCCGUCAAGUCAAAUUCUGGUUCCAGAACCGCCGCACCCAGAUGAAGGCGCAACAAGAUCGGGCGGACAACGUAGUACUGCGGGCGGAGAAUGACAGCUUGAAGAACGAGAAUUUUCGCUUNCCAAUUCUUAUAUACCAUGCAUGUAUGCAUGGCCACGUGGAAUGCAUGCAGGCGUCAAGCAACUCGUCGCAGAACGUGGAACUCCUGCUGCAAGAGAGCAACACCCACCCCUCCGGCGGCAGCCUUGUGGUGUACGCCACCGUCGACGUCGGUGCCGUCCAGGUUGCGAUGAGCGGCGAGGACCCCUCCUACAUCCCCCUCCUCCCCAUGGGCUUCGUCCUCUCCCCAUCUCCUCCGCCGCCAUCGCGAACCUCCUCCGCCACCCCCGAAGGUGAUGGCAGCGGUGCUUCCGCCGCCACCGCUGCUGCUGUUGCCCCGGGAUGCCUCCUAACUAUCAGCAUGCAGGUGCUGGCGAGUGCAGUCCCAUCAGCGAAACUGAACCUCUCGAGUGUGACAGCCGUCAACCACCACCUCUGCAAUGCAGUUCGCCAGAUUAGCGCCGCCCUCGGCGGGCCGCCUCAGCCAGAACCGGCCGGGACGGCGGCGCCGCCUGACCCGUGAGGGGAAGCAGAAAGGUGGUGGAGUUAACUGCUAUACUGCCUGGUGCAAUCCGUCUAUACCGAUCGAUAUUCCCAAAAUGCCCCCCCAACACCUCUGCUUUUCACAUAUAUAUUAUAAUUGUUGAGUAUUUAGUAACUAAAAUCUCUAGAUUAUUUUUUGUACAGGAGCAAGAGAGAAUUUGACAAGGGCCCAUGCAGAGCCGCAAAAUGACCAAAAUACCCUUAUCGAGUCAGGGGCAUUUUGGUUAUCUUAUAUUUUGUGUACGCGUGUAUAGUCCAUGGGCGUUGUCAAGUUUUCACUUGCUCCGAGCUUUUACUCUAUUUGCAAUUCAUAAUCAAAUUUGCGAAGGGCAUUUUGGUCAUGUUGGUGCGGCAUUGAUGGGAUCCGGGCAAUCUCCACCUACCCACUGCCAUCUAAGAUAUGCUUCCCAGUGAAUUAAACAUGUUGAAGGCCGGCUGGCUAGUUAUUAAUAUAUGUAAUAAGAUCAAGAGCGAUGAAUUAAUUGUGUUGUGUUGUGUAGUGUGAUGUAGUGGUUGGGGGAAUGUUGUGAAAUUAGGGUUUGUUGGAGGAGGGGAGUCAAGAGCGCACCAGGUGUGACCCUGAAUGCUCUCCCCCUUUUUUAAGGCCCAAAAUUUGAAAAGAGGAAGCCCAAAAUGGCUUCUGGGCCUUAAAAAAAAAGCGGGGAGUGGGAAAGGAGAAGGGUGUUGGUUCGGGUAUUGACUUCCUUCUUGCGUUACUUUAAACAUGUUGUUGGUCUCCUUUGUUGUUUUGCAUAAUUUUAUUAGCUUAAUUUGGCGUGUUUGUGUACGUAAUGUAACUCUUCGUUUUAGCUUGGUCUCCUUUUGGGAGCGCGCGCGCGCC